AGAGCCAGGAAAAGGGGAAGGGCCUCGCUGUCUCCUCCGACAAAAACAGCUGCGCCAGUGUGCUCAGGAAAACAGCGUCUUAGAGGGAGAGGGGGACUGGGGAGGAAAAGAGCAGCGUGUGUGUGUGAGUGUGUGUGAGAGAGAGAGAGAGAGAGAGAGAGAGGCCAAGUGCGAAGGACAGGGGGACCACCACGGGCCCAGAUCUCUAUAUGGGUUGCGUCCUGGGUGCGGAUUGCUGCGAGGACGAGCUGGAAGCUACACCGGUCAGCAGGACAAACAAGCGGAGUGGUCCAGAGCGCAGCAGCAGCGGCAGCAGCAUGAGGCUGACCAAGGUGGGGAAGGGCGAGCCACACGUCUUCAAGGAGAAGGCCUUCAAGAAGAAGCGACAGUGCGGGGUGUGUCGCCAGAGCAUCGACAGCCUCGGCUCCUUCUGUCGAGUCUGCAAAACAGCCACACAUAAGAAAUGUGAAGCAAAGGUGAACACGGCCUGCAUCCCGGCUGCCCCAGCUGACCUGCAGCGCAGGGGAACUGCUCCCUCCAGACACAUCCAGCACCUGGGUUCCACAAAGUCCUUGACGUACUCCAAACAACGGAGUACUCUUCCCAGGAGCUUCAGUGUGGACCGGGUGAUGGAGCGCGUCAUGGAGAGGAACUAUGACUUUGACCUUACAUACAUCACAGAGAGGAUCAUCUCCGUCUUCUUUCCCCCUCUGCUGGAGGAGCAGCGUUACCGUGGCAACCUCAAGGAGGUGGCUGCCAUGCUGAAGUCCAAACACCAGGACAAGUUUCUGCUUCUCAACCUCUCAGAGAGAAGGCAUGACAUCACCCGCCUGAACCCAAAGGUCCAUGACUUUGGCUGGCCCGACCUCCACGCCCCUCCCCUCGACAAAAUCUGUGCCAUGUGCAAAGCCAUGGAGACCUGGCUGAACUCCGACCCCCAGCAUGUGGUGGUGCUGCAUUGCAAGGGCAACAAAGGUAAAACCGGAGUCAUCAUUGCAGCCUACAUGCACUACAGCAAGAUUUCUGCAGGGGCAGACCAGGCUCUGAGCACGCUGGCCAUGAGGAAGUUCUGUGAGGACAAGGUGUCCUCCUCCCUCCAGCCCUCACAGAACAGGUACAUCUACUACUUUGGAGGUCUCCUCUCAGGGGCCAUCAAGAUGAACAGCAGUCCCCUGUUCCUCCACCAGGUCCUCAUCCCCACCAUCCCCAACUUCCAGGCUGAUGGAGGAUACUUUCCAUUCCUCAAGAUAUAUCAGUCCAUGCAGCUGGUCUACACAUCUGGAAUAUAUGACCUGCAAGGCUCGGGAGGAAGACGACUGUGUGUUACCAUAGAACCUGCACUGCUACUAAAAGGAGACAUAAUGGUCAAGUGCUACCACAGACGGGUGCAGAAGGCCGAGAGGGACACCGUGUUCCAGCUGCAGUUCCACACCUGCACCAUCCACGGGGCGCAGCUCUGGUUUGGGAAAGGGGAGCUGGAUGAGGCCUGCUCAGAUGACAGGUUUCCCUCUGAUGCAACAGUGGAGUUUGUGUUUUCCUCUGGACCAGAGAAGAUGAAAGGUCGAGAGUACCAGAGGAACGACCCUGCGGUGACUGUUGACUACAACACAUCAGACCCAGUGGUGCGUUGGGAUUCUUAUGAGAAUUUCAACCAGAGGCAUCAAGACAGCUUGGAAGAUAUUGGUCAUACUCGCGGCCCAUUGGACGGCAGUCUGUAUGCCCAGGUGAAGAAGAGGCGUGCUGCUGGCUCUGGGUCGCUCACCUCCACCAAUGGGAGCCUGCCAUGCAGCGCCGCCGAGGAGCGUCCCAGCCAGCUGCUGUCGGUCAGCUCAGACUCGGGCCACUCCUCGGCGGUGGCCGAGCGCAUCGAGGAGCCGGCACGCCCGCCGCCGCCCACCCAGCAGGAGCGCGAGGACCUGGAGCGGCUACUGGGGGGCAUCGAGGGGGACCGGGCCGGCGGACGAGACCAGCGGGAGCGUGAGACAGCCAUUUUGGACGACGACGGUGACCCCGUCCUGCCGCCCGAGCGCACGGGCACCCUUCGGCUGAGCCGCUCCUGCUCCUGCCGCGUGGGCUACCGCUCGCAGCACUGCUCCGAGCCGGCCUGCGACCGCCCGCACCACCUGCCCAAUGGCUACUGCCUGGACAGACCGUCCGGCACCAAUGGCCACUCCGGCGGCCCACCGCCAGGCCUCAUGGGCAUGUGCCAGCACCACAGUGCCCACUCACACCAGUCCCUGCCCCCUCCUGACCUGCUGUGGGAUCGCCAGCAGGGGGCGCCACACUACCUGCACCGCACCUGUUCCGAGGGGCCCUCCCGGCACAUGUGCCCCUACCCCAGCCAGGACAACCCCCACGGCCUCUCCCCUGCUGGCCGUCUGCUGUGCCGGGCGGACGACUACCUGCCCUACCCCCCUCACCCCGCGUCCCACGGUCACCCGCACCCACACCACCCCAAGCCCCCGGGACCCUACCACGACGUGAUGCUGCUGGACGGCCUGGGGCCCCCCGGCUGCCCAUGCCGGGACUGCUGCGUCCGGCGGGAGGACUCGGCCUUCCAUGCGCUGCCCUGGGAGCGCGAGGGCCUGAGGCGCGGCCGAGAGGUGUCCCUGCACUGGGAGCGCGAGCGCGACGCCGACCUGCAGUGGGAGCGCGAGGCCGACUACUGGCACCGCCGCGCCACCAUGUCAGGCUACGGCCCCCAGGGCCACGAGCUGCCCGCGUUCACCUUCGACCCCUUGCCGUCCGGCCACCCGGCCUACCCGGAGCCCACGCAUUCGCACACCUACUCGCACCUGGACAUGAAGUACAGCAGCAGCAGCGGCUACCAGACGCCACGGCAGGCCUGCCCCUGCUCUCCCUACCAGCCCUCCCCCUCAGAGAGCAGGGGCUACGCCUCAGGCUACCAGUCCGAGUCCACCUCGCCUCUGCCCCCUCCCGCCAACUGCCAUGGACCCUCCAGCCACUCUGAGGCCCAUUCGCAGCAGUACCCUCCUGACACACAAACCGAUGGCCACGCAACCAUAAUUGAGGGUGCUCACUGGCGGGACCACAUUAACCACGUGUCCUUGAGGGGGAUGCACAGGGAAACACACAUUCCUUGCUCCACACCAUCAGAUAUGUCUGGACCACCCACCCCAGUUCAUACCAGCAGCCCUCUGCGGACACAAGAGAGCCCCAGCCUGGCAGCUUGUGACGGAGAGGUGCGCUCUAAGGAGGCUCUCGGUGACAGUGCAACAGUCCAGCCCCAGCCGCAGUCCCCCGCCACACCCCAGCCUGGACCUCAGGACACUCACAGCCCCAGUCAGGGCUCCAAAGACAGCGAGCCCCCCAGCACUGACCCCUGCACACAGGCAGCUCCCAAGACCCUUGGCCCCUCCUCGCUCAGUCCAGAGGUGCAGGAGACCCACAGCUCACCGGCUGGCUCCCCGAGCCAGCCCACACCGAUGUCCGUGGUGCCCCCAGACCCCCCCCACGCUCACCCCACAGCAGCGCUCCCACCAGGGGACAGCGCGCAGGCUCCUCAGCCUCAGCCUCUGAUGGACGCAGUGGCCGCGUCAGUCCAGCGGGCAGGACCCGACUCCUCCGGCCUCUCCCCCGCCCCAGCCUCUCCCGCAUCCGCCCCAGUCCAGCCCAUCGGCAACGUCUCGUGCGCGCCAGAGGCCGCGUUCCCCAAAGCCCACUCGGCCCCCUCCUCGCCUCCCCGCAGCAGUCAGGAGGGCUCCCCCACCGCCGAGCCCCCCGUGCCGGGCUUCGCCACGCUGGGCCGCCGGCUCAUGCUGACCGCCGAGCCGCACUACUCCAGCAUGGAGGGCAUCGGCAGCGCCCGCGGUUCACCGGCCUCAGAGGGAUACUCCACCCCCACCUUCCCGCUGACCUCUGGCUACUACCAGCCGGCCAGCUCUCUGGGCUCCUAUUCGGGACACCCAGGCAGCGCGGCCCCUCAGCCUCCGCUCCCUGAGAAGCGGCGCCAAGGCGCGCUGCCCGGCUCCCCCAACGGAAGGCUGGGCUCCCUGAGGCCGGGGGCGGGGAGCCAGCAGUCGGGUCAGCACCACGUCACCUUCUCCCCGUCCGUGGGCGAGGUGGCCCUGCCGGCCAGCCAAAGCGAAGGAGCCAUUACCGAGGAGGAGCUGGGCAACAGAGUCAGCGUCAAAUUUGUGCAGGACAGCUCCCGCUUUUGGUAUAAGCCAGGCAUCUCCAGAGACCAAGCUAUUGCUGCGCUUAAAGAGAGAGAGCCUGGGGUGUUUUUGAUCCGGGACAGCAACUCGUUUCAGGGGGCCUACGGUCUUGCACUGAAGGUGGCCACUCCACCGCCCAAUGUAAACAGCCACAAUAACAAAGCUGAUCCUUUGGAACAGCUAGUGCGGCACUUCCUGAUUGAGACUGGUCCUCGAGGAGUUAAGAUAAAGGGAUGCCAGAAUGAGCCCUAUUUUGGGAGUCUGUCUGCUCUUGUAUAUCAGCAUUCCAUCACUCCUAUCUCCCUGCCUUGUGCCCUUCGCAUCCCAGAGAAAGACCUGUUAGGAGACAUCCAGGAGGUGCAGCCGGUCAGCAACCUGAGCACAGCUGCAGACCUGCUCAAACAGGGUGCAGCCUGUAAUGUGCUGUACCUUAACUCUGUGGAGACCGAGUCACUGACAGGACCCCAGGCCAUUGCCAAGGCCACAGCUGCAACCUUGUCCCGGAGUCCGAGGCCGGCUGCCACUGUGGUUCAUUUCAAGGUGUCAGCCCAGGGCAUCACGCUCACAGACAGCCAGCGCAGGGUGUUCUUCAGGAGACACUAUCCUCUUAACAGCGUCACGUUCAGCAGCACUGACCCACAGGACCGAAGGUGGACUAACUCAGACAGCACGACAUCUAAAGUGUUCGGCUUUGUGGCGAAGAAGCCAGGGAGCGUGGCGGAGAACGUGUGCCACCUGUUUGCGGAGCUGGACCCAGAGCAGCCGGCCUCUGCCAUCGUCAACUUCAUCAACAAAGUGAUGCUGGCCCCCCAGCGCAGGUAGAGGAGAGGAUGAGAUGAAGACUAGAGGACUGGGGGCCGUUCUCUGCCACAGCUUCACAGCCCUAGUCGAGUCUUUAAGCAGACACACACUCGUUCAUGAAGCUUACAGUUUAAACACCAAAAGCACUGUCAAGAAGAACCAAAUUCCCUGAUUCAAUACAUUAUGGGCAUUAAUUGAGAUGGAGCCAAAGCUAUUUUGUUAGUUAUACAGUUUAACUGAAAGACAAAAACUGUCACCCUUGUGGUGUUAAAGUAGGUCUAGAUGUGAGGUGGAACCAGCUCUUCUGACUGCAAGAGGAGCAGAUAUGUAUUUAUGUAAAUAAACCUUUAUAGACAAUCAUUGUAAUAUAUGAACAUGAGCUUUGGUUGAGGUCCAAAGGAAGUGUUACUGAAGGUUUGAGAGUGUGGUAGUGUGCUGGCUUACCAAAGAGGGGCAGAGUCUGUGAUGUGGGUACCCUAACAGGAGCCCCAAAAACUCUUGGGGAAGAGUCACUGAUGUUGGGAAAGUUCAAGGUCAAAUACCUUAGCAUGGCUAAGAAAUGUGCUAAAGAGGAAAAAAGAUAAAUGUGAGGUUGUAUGGGCAUAGUGUAUGCACCGUUGGUUACAUACUCACUGCCUAACUAUUCUCGUAUUGGGGUUUAACCCGAAGCAUAGUCAUGAGGAAGCAAGGGCUAUUACUCAGAGUACACAUUACACUGAAACAGCUGUUCAGUCUCAAGGGGAGUCCAGUUCCAACACCAGGGGAAAAUACUGCUGACCCCAGUCAUGGAUAUAUGUACACAGUGAAAAAGGUGCUGGAGAGGUCCUCCUUUCCUUUGCCUAUGGUAUAACAUACAAGCAAUAGAUCACUAGUAUGACGUCUCAGUAGGUAAAUGGCAUCAAGGUUUUCAUCACUCAACCAUACACAUGUAUAAAUCUCUGUAACCAAGACUGUACUAGCCAAGACAAGUAUUCACAGGUAGCUCUAAAAUAUGAUUUUUAUAUAAUUGUAUGGACAAAGAUAAGAGUGGCCAAAGUUUUUUACUUAACCAAAGACAUUUACAGAGCACUUGUUUGUAUUAAAGCUUUACAUUUUACUUUAUAAGCUUCUUGUAUUUAAUUUGCAGGAUUAGGGUUUUUGUGUGUACGACAGAUACUGUAGAAGGAAACGUGUCUAUGACAGGUUUAAUAUAUUGUGGUCUGUUUUGGUCUUUGUAUGUAGUAAUAUAUUUCCCAUAUGCAGCUCAUCUGGAAAGUGUAAGAGGCAGGAAACAUAAGAAAAAGGAAUUUAUAUCAUUUGUUAUUUUUGACAUAUAUGCAUAAAUGAGGUAAAUAAUAAAGAAAUGUAAAGUUGUGGUACCAAAA